UUUAUCUUCUACGUUAUCUCUAUCCUAAUUUCCUUCCUCACACAUACACUUCAAAUGGAUAGAACUUCAACAAACACUUUGAGACAUACCAAGCAAAACAUUGCAAGGUUCAAUUUUUGAAAACUAUAUAUUAAAUUAUCAUUAAAAAAGUAACCAUGUCUUUGUCCCUCUCUUGUGCUACCACAAAACCAUCUUUGAAGUUCCACAGUUGCUUGAAACCUCAACAUCAGAGACCAAAUAAUUCAGUAACAUUUGUGAGGUGUGAGUCAAAAGACUCAUCAGAUGAGAAUGAGUUUCUUCAAAAACGUUCAAAGUUGGAUAAAGGGUCUCCCGUUAUCAUCAUUGAAGCUCCAAGAAUGAUCAAAACAGCAGCUUCUGUCCCUUGCCUCAGAGUUAAUUCUGGCUUAGUCAAACCUGGUGAUGUUGGAAGAAUUGUUUCAAGAAAGCCAAAGGAUGUUUGGGCUGUGAGGCUGAGCAUUGGAACUUAUCUUAUUGAUGGCAAAUAUUUCAAGCCCUUAGAUCUGGCUGAGUAUAGCUAGCUGAAUAUAUAUAAUAUUAAUAAUAAUCAUAGACAAAUUGCUCUUAAUUAAUUUGUGGACUUUGUUGUAUAAAUUAGUUAAGCAAAAUAUUAAAAUUCUGGCUUCUCUAUUCUUGUAUACCAGAAUGCAUGAUAUAUUUCAGUUAUUAUCUGUCAGUUAA